AUGACACGCCAAGUUUUCUUGCUGGGAUUUGCUUUAGUUCUUUUGGCUUCUUCAUUCGCUUCGGCUGCAAUCGUAGAGCAUUCGUUUCAUGUGGAAAAUCUUACUGUCAACCGACUGUGCAACACACGAGUGAUUACUGCAGUAAACGGAAGUCUUCCAGGCCCGACUCUUCGUGUAAGAGAGGGCGAUACGCUUGUCAUCCACGUUUUUAACCUCUCUCCCUACAACCUCACUAUUCAUUGGCAUGGAGUUUUUCAGUUACUCAGCGGGUGGGCUGACGGACCCGAAUUUGUGACCCAGUGUCCAAUCCGGCCCAGACACAGUUACACGUACAGGUUUAAUAUUACAAAGCAAGAAGGGACUCUCUGGUGGCAUGCACACGUUCAAUGGCUCCGGGCCACGGUUUAUGGAGCUUUAAUUAUCCGACCCAGAGAAGGCCGGUCAUAUCCAUUUCCAAAGCCACACAAGGAAGUCCCAAUUCUCCUUGGAGAAUGGUGGAAUGCUAACGUUAUUGAUGUGGAGAAUGAAGCUCUAGCCUCCGGCAAUGCACCCAAUAUAUCAGAUGCGUACACAAUCAAUGGCCAGCCUGGGGAUCUUUACCCAUGCUCUUCAAAUAAGACAUUUCGGCUAAAUGUGGUACACGGAAAAACAUAUCUUUUACGAAUCAUUAACGCUGCACUCAAUAAUCAACUAUUUUUCAAGAUAGCCGAUCACAAAAUGACUGUGGUUGCAGUCGAUGCCUUGUACACGAACCCCUACGUCACUGACGUCGUGGUAACUGGUCCUGGACAAACCACCGAUGUCCUCUUCAAAGCCGAUCAACCACCGGGGUUGUACUAUAUGGCAGCAAAUCCUUAUGCCAGUGCAGCAGGUGUUCAAUUUGAUAACACUACAACGACAGGGAUUAUAGUCUACAAUGGUGCUACCCAAUCCACCCCUAAAAUGCCUGUCCUACCAGCAUUUAAUGACACACCCACAGCCCACAAAUUUUUUAGCAAUCUAACUGGGCUUCUUACUGGGCCUUUUUGGGCCCACGUACCACGAGACGUUGACGAACACAUGUUUAUAACUGUUGGGCUGGGCUUGGUUGCAUGUGGAGGUCCAGGGAACGCAUCCUGCCCAGGCCCACUUGGGCAAAGAUUUGCUGCUAGCAUGAAUAACGCAUCAUUCCAACUUCCCAAUAAAUCGUCGAUGUUGGAGGCAUUUUUCAACGACGUUGGUGGAGUUUAUACCACUGAUUUUCCUGAUAAUCCACCAUUGAGUUUUGAUUACACAAACCCCAAUAACAGCUUGAAUCAAGCAAUCAUAAUGACUACAAAAUCAACGAAAGUGAAGAAAGUCAAAUAUAAUGCGACGAUAGAGAUUGUGAUGCAGAAUACAGCUUUAAUUGGGAUCGAAAAUCAUCCUAUACACUUGCAUGGAUUCAACUUCUACGUUUUGGCUCAAGGAUUUGGCAACUUCAAUAGGACUCGAGACAGCAGAAAAUUCAACUUUGUAAACCCACAAAAGCGUAAUACCAUUGGUGUGCCGGUUGGAGGAUGGGCCGUGGUUAGAUUUCGAGCAAAUAAUCCAGGUGUAUGGUUGAUGCAUUGUCACUUGGACGUGCACUUGCCUUGGGGUCUUGCUACUGCUUUCGUCGUGGAGAAUGGACCAACACCGUCGACAACCUUGCCUCCACCUCCCCCAGAUCUUCCUAAAUGUUAA